CUGGGAAGCAGCGCCAUAUUGGCGGCGGCCGCGCUGUAUUGUCAUAAAUAGAGCCGGUUUUGUGGUGUUUUCACUACUCGGUUGACUGCCUCGGCCGUAGUGAGUGGGGAAGUGAGCGAGCAAGCGAGCUACAAGCGAGCGGAGGGAAGUGGACAGAGGAAGGAAGAGAGGGCAAGAACAGGACCCCAGAGCGAAAGGCACUCGCUGGAGGGAGACGCAGGAAGCGAUGAAAGAGAUGUCUGCAAAUACUAUGCUGGACAGCCAGCGUCAACAAAAGCAUUAUGGAAUUACCUCUCCAAUUAGUUUGGCAUGUCCUAAAGAAAUUGAUCAUAUUUAUACACAGAAAUUAAUUGAUGCUAUGAAACCAUUUGGAGUAUUUGAAGAUGAAGAAGAAUUGAACCACAGGCUGGUUGUUCUUGGUAAAUUGAACAAUUUGGUAAAAGAAUGGAUUUCUGACAUCAGUGAAAGUAAGAAUCUCCCACCUUCUGUUGUGGCUACUGUUGGCGGUAAAAUUUUCACAUUUGGAUCUUACAGGCUUGGAGUACACACCAAAGGAGCUGAUAUUGAUGCACUUUGUGUAGCCCCAAGACACGUGGAGAGAUCAGAUUUUUUUCAGUCCUUUUUUGAAAAAUUGAAACAUCAAGAUGGCAUUAGAAACUUAAGAGCUGUAGAAGAUGCCUUUGUGCCUGUUAUAAAGUUUGAAUUUGAUGGUAUUGAAAUUGAUCUAGUCUUUGCAAGACUGGCAAUACAAACCAUAUCAGAUAAUUUAGAUCUAAGAGACGACUCUCGCCUAAGAAGCCUUGAUAUACGGUGUAUUCGCAGCUUAAAUGGGUGUAGAGUUACGGAUGAAAUUUUGCAUUUAGUGCCAAAUAAAGAAACUUUUAGACUCACUCUAAGAGCAGUCAAAUUAUGGGCAAAACGUCGUGGUAUUUAUUCCAAUAUGCUGGGAUUUCUUGGUGGAGUCUCCUGGGCAAUGCUGGUUGCCAGAACUUGCCAACUGUAUCCAAAUGCAGCAGCUUCAACUUUAGUUCACAAGUUUUUUUUAGUUUUUUCCAAAUGGGAAUGGCCAAAUCCUGUGCUGUUGAAGCAACCAGAAGAAAGCAACUUGAAUUUGCCUGUCUGGGAUCCUCGGGUAAAUCCAUCAGAUAGAUAUCAUCUUAUGCCCAUAAUUACCCCUGCCUACCCACAACAGAAUUCUACGUAUAAUGUGUCUACAUCUACUCGAACAGUAAUGGUAGAAGAAUUUAAACAAGGUCUUGCAGUUACAGAUGAAAUUCUUCAAGGGAAAUCAGAUUGGUCCAAACUAUUAGAGCCACCAAAUUUCUUUCAAAAAUAUAGACAUUAUAUAGUAUUGACUGCCAGUGCAUCAACAGAAGAAAAUCAUCUAGAGUGGGUUGGAUUAGUAGAAUCUAAAAUCCGUGUACUUGUUGGAAACUUGGAACGAAAUGAAUUUAUUACUCUUGCCCAUGUGAAUCCUCAGUCAUUCCCAGGAAAUAAAGAACAUCAUAAAGCCAACAAUUAUGUAUCAAUGUGGUUCCUGGGGAUAAUUUUUCGGAGAGUAGAAAAUGCAGAAAGUGUUAACAUAGACUUGACAUAUGAUAUACAGUCAUUUACUGAUACAGUGUACAGACAAGCAAACAAUAUAAACAUGCUAAAGGAUGGAAUGAAAAUUGAAGCCACUCAUGUAAAGAAAAAACAACUUCAUCAUUACCUACCCGCAGAGAUUCUUCAAAAGAAGAAAAAGAGCCUUUCUGAUGUAAGCCGGAAUUCAGGUGGCCUUCAGUCCAAAAGAUCAUCCCUGGAUAGCAGUUGUCUGGAUAGCUCCAGGGACACCGAUAGUGGAACACCUUUUAAUUCGCCCAUGUCUACAAAUAAGCCUUCCAACCCAAACAGCCCCUCAGGAGAAGCAGAAAGGAAUAGUACUGAGCCUGCCACUGUAAUUGUGGAGAAGCUGCCAAGUGCCCCUCCAGCUCAAGGGCUAUCUAUUCCAGUCAUUGGUGCAAAGGCUGACCCUACAGUCAAAGCCGCGUCCUCCCCAUCGGGAUGCACCAUCCCUACUCUAGUGGGACGGAAUGUCGUUCCUAGAGUCCCAACGCCCCACAGCGCUGUCCAGGGACAGCCACAGCCAAACGGACUGUCUAAUAUCAGUAAGAACGUCACACCCAAAAGAUCCCAUUCGCCACCUACAGAUGGGACUUCUAAGAGGUUGAAAGACAUAGAAAAGUUUAUUCGACUUGAGUCAGCAUUUAAGGACCCCCAUGCUGCCGGGGAUAGGAAGAGAAAACCAAUGGAUGCCAUUGGUGGAGAAUCUAUGCCCAUUCCAACUAUUGAUACAUCACGCAAAAAGAGACUACCCAGUAAAGAACUGCCAGAUUCGUCAUCUCCAGUUCCAGCCAGCACCAUUCGUGUCAUCAAAAACUCCAUCCGACUGACCCUCAACCGGUAAUCGCAGUGCCUCUUCCUGAGGUGAACUGCAGUCACACAGUGGCCUAGAUGGCGUGGCAGUCAGUCAGCAGCCUGACGACCUUGGAGUGGUUCCUGACCUCUCAUUCGACCUUGACGUGCUGUGGCAUCCUCUCACUGACUGCUGCACAUGCUCUGAGGACCACCUGCUAGUACAUUGUCACCUACCCUAUUAUGGCUUUGCAUUUGGAGGUUUUACUGCCUUAACUUUGAUGUUUGUUUCUCUGUCAUGGGAACCAGUUCUUGGCCACUUGGACUCUGAUAAAACAAGUCCUGAAUUGUUUUUUUCUUUUUUUAAGUCUUAUGUCGUAAUCAUUGUAUAGAGCUGGAAAAGUUUAAAAAAACAACAAAAAAAAACCCUGUCCUGUAAUUUUCUAAAUGUUUAUGUGUUGACUUGAAGCCACUUUGUAAAACCCAAGAGUAAUGAAUGUGAGGUAUCUUUUCUGCUUCCUUCAUUUGUGUAGAUGUCUAUUUUGUUAAUUUAAAUUAUUUUUUCCAGAUUGGCACAUAAAUAUUUCAACUAUUUUUGUGCUUUUGUCCAGAUGUUACAUAGUUAGUUACCAGGGAGGACUAGUCCAGUGACUACACCAGAGUUGGGCACCACACAUUCUCUAUAUUUGCCUCCCAUGGAGGCCUUCAAAGUUCAUCUUUAUUAAAAAUCAAACUAUAACCAGGAUACUGAAAGUCAGUAUAUGAAUGGUGAAAUUGUUACAUAUCUUACUAUCUCAUGACAUUCUUGUUUAGCUGAUUGGUAUUUUUUACAAAGGAAGAAUUCAUCCCACCAUCAAUGAUAAGACUCAUUUAAGUAUGGCAGACUUGUAUUUUUGAAGUAUAAAAUUAACUCAGCAUGGUAAUCCCUCACCAUAACUUCCAACAGUCUCUUCAUGGAUUAGGCAUGCGGAAUAAGCAGUGGAUUUUAUUGAAACCUCAAGGCAUUUUUGAAUGACAUUGUUACCGACCAUUAAUUGGCUCAGGACCUUUGUAGUUUUUAUUUAACUAUAUGAGUUGUCUUUUUUUACACUGCUUUUUUCAGUGCAUUUCUUAAUAUUUUUUAAGUUUCAUGAAUGCAUGCUCAGUUUAUUAAAAAUCCACAACCAUGUAAUUCUUGUAAUCUGUUGACUCCGUGUUUUGUAAAUGAAGUCGUAUGUAUUUUCAGAGUAUUUUUGUAUGUACUGUAAGAUAUCAUCUUUUCAAAGAGAAACUUUAAAACCUU